UGGAAUGGGGUUGAUGUGGACCAAGAUGGCGUAGGCGGGGACAUAGUUGUUGAUGUUUGAAAACGCGGGAACGCGUACUUGCCUGGAGGGUUGUGUGUAGUGGAAGAUGAGGCGUCCUGUAACUUCGAACCGCGUAGUGGAGGAGGGUGUGAAGGAUGAAGAUAAAAUUGACGAUGACGAUGGAGAUGAAAAAGAAACCUUUGAAAAUGAGGAAAAGGAACCUCCAAAGAAGAAAAUAUCGAAGGUGAAAGAAGUAAAAAAGGAAGAGGAUGAAGAUGAUGACGAUGAUGAUGAAGAAGAAGAAGAAGAAGAAGAUUUGGAUGGAGAAGACGGAAAGGGCGAUGGUGAAGGGAAAGUUCCUUUAUUGGAUCAGCCUCUUCAGCUUUCUGGCACUCGAGAGAGGAAAAAGGUCCAGCGAUUUACUGAAGAAUUUAAGUCUGAACCUAAAGAUGCCAUUGUCAUUGAAAUUCCAGAAGGAAAGGGUAGUGCACUAGGAGAUAUUCCUCGCAUUGAUGCUGUUCUACAAAGAUACAAGUCAGAUGAACUUAAAACCCUUCACAGAGUUCUCUUUGGUCGUGUUGGCAAAACUACAAUGAUUAAAAAGAAUCUCCGCAAGUUUAAUGGUUUUGACUUCAACAAAGAAUCUGAUCAGUUUGAAAAGAAGAAGCAUGUUGUACAGAAGUUGGAAUCAAGGGUUUUAAAGAGUUUGUGUGGAAUCUUAGACUUGGAAAAGAAGGGUAACCGUGAAGAAAUAGCAGAAAGAAUUGUUACAUUUUUGCUGGAGCCAAAAGAUUCAGGGAAACCUGUUCCACCACCUCGUCCAAAGAGGAGCAGUGCAGUUAAAGCCAACAGCAAAGGCUAUUCAGAAUCAGAAGAUGAAGAGAAACGCCCAACAAGAUCACGACGUGGGAAGUCAAAACGAGCAAAUCUGAAGGAAGAUUCAUCGUCUGAGUCUGAGAAGGAACGCAGCUCUCGUGACAGGAGAAAGGCAAAAGAAUCUGACAAAGAAAAGGACAGUGAAGAAGAUAUUGAUGAGAAUGAAACUCCAGCCAGUAGUGAUGAAGAUGAGCCAAAAUCUAAGAAGAAGGGUGGUAAGACUACAGCAUCUAAUGCAAAAAAAGCAUCUACAAAGAAAGCUACCACUAAAAAAACUCCAAACAAGAAAGCUGAAAAGAAACCAGCUCCUAAGAAGAGGAAAUCUGGUAGCAAGAGUGAUGACUCUUCAUCUGAAGAUGAACCUCUUUCAAAAAAGGCAAAGGCACCUCCAACGGAUGAUGAAAUCAAGACAUACGUCAAGGAGAUUCUAGAGGGUGCAAAUUUGGAAGAGAUCACAAUGAAAACUGUUUGCAAACAAGUGUAUGCUCAUUAUCCAGAGUUUGAUUUGGCCCAUAAGAAGGAUUUCAUUAAGACAACUGUGAAGUCGUUGAUAUCAACAUGAACGGACUUCACCAUGUGUGUGUGAGUGUGUAUGUAUGUGUGUUGUAAAGUGUACCUGCAUUAUGAAUGCAUACAGUGUAAGUUUUAUUAAAUUCAAACUUACCAAGAACUUGCAAUCAGACCUUGGAUGACAGUGCUUAUAUAUUUUUAGUGGUGGAAUUUUUUGUAACUGGUUGUAAUUUGUUCAGUAUUUGAUUGCUCUGACAUUCACAGGUUCUUCUUGUUGGCCAACCUACAUACUUUUUCCAAGAGAGAGAAAUAUUAUUUUGCUAUUACACAUUCAGUUGGUUGAAUCCCAUAUAAUGUUAUGGUAAUGAUCGCUGCAGUUGUGAUGUAUGUGUGGGGACUUGAUGGAAUCUUGACAUAGUGGAUAUGAUUGUGUGAGUGAUGCGAUGUUAUAUUUCACUCUGUAGUGUUUAACCUUUCCUGAGCUAUUUUGUAAUGUUUCUUUGCACUUUGUUGAUGAGACUCUUUUUGUUACUGGGCAGUUUCAUCCUGAAUAUGUUUGUGGCUUGGCCAACAUUUAGAAAAAUGGUCCUGAACAUUGUGUCUUGAAGGAAGAGGUGCCAUAAGGGGAAAGCUUUUUAUCAGUUUUAGAGAGCACUGAGGCUUGUUUUGUGAGAUUUUUGUAAAGGAUAAUUUAAAAGUUUUUAACAAGUAUUCAUAGUUGUCAUGCACAUUAUGCAGUUAUAAUGAGUGAAAUACUAAUGUUUGGACAAUUUUGAAUAAUAGCAUUUGAAAAAAAUAAGGCAUGCAAUAUUAAGUUUUCCCUGUGCUUAAUUAAUUACCACACCAUGAAGGAAUGUGGGGGAGUGGAAGCUUUGUUCUGGACUGUAGUACUGGAUGAGCUGUGAGCUUCAUGCACUGGCUACUUUACCCCUGGGGAAAGAGCCCCCCACCCUCCCCAUUACCGACAGGAUAGGCCAUACAGCCAGUCUGGAUGCUGUAGAGGAGUGGGGAAAGAUUUCAUGCCUCUUCUGGGAAUCAAAUCUCAACAUUCAGCCUGUCGCUAUCCCAGCUCCCACAAUAUACCAUUUAGUGUAUAAAAUUAAAGAAUCUUGAAUUGAUUUCACAUUGCUGCUUAUUUUCAGUCAGUUUUUGAUAAGUUACUGCUUAUUUACACAAGCUCAUUUGACGAACGUGUGUAUGCAUACAUGUGCGUGUAUUUAGGUUCAUAGUGUAGCUUUUACAAAAUGUUUUAUUUGCAAUAAAUAUUAAGCAUCUCUUUCUAAAUAACAGAGUACUACAAGUUACACAUCUUUCCUUUCCAGUGAUAACUGCAUAAAGUUCAUACCAUGAUAGAAUAUUUGCAGGCAGAUAGAUUUUGAUCAAAACUUUGAAAUUAAAUAUUUUGCUGUUUAGCCUUGGGAUGGGAUUUUAAAUUUUGUUUGGUGAAGUGUGUAUGAAUUUUAAAUUCCAAAUAUCUCAAAAUAAGCAAAACUUGGCUAUGAGAAUUAGUUGUAUACUGUCUGAAACAUCUUUAAUGUUGUGUCGUCAUCAGAUAGCAACAGCGAUCGUUAUAUUGGCAUUAAUAAGUUACUAUAAUGUUUUAAACACAUGAUGGGAAACAAGAUCGGUAUACUGGGUAUCUCACUGGACACAGAACAUUUCUUCCAUAGGGUUAUCUACUCCAGUUAUGACAACCUCAGAGAUGUCGGAGAUGAACAGUAGUGGUGAGUUGACAGUAUUAGUUGAUGACUAAAAUAUAAUGAAAUCCUCAUAUAAAGUUUGUUUUUGGAGCUGUAGAUUUGGACACUUAACUGACUAAAUCUUGAAUGGAGGUAAUUUAAGAUGUGUUAUUGACUUGGAAGCAUUGAAAUUUAAUGUAAAAUGAUGGAAAGCCUUAAAUUAAGGAAAAUUGAAAGGGGGUUCAACUGUAGUGUGAAAUGCUUAAAGCAAUGAUUGAUUCUUUAUUUUGAUUGUGUUUGAGUACUAUUGAAGGUGAUGAAAUUUUUGUGAAGAAAGAAUAUAGUGUGCGCACAUGCACAUACAAGAAAUAACAAGCCAAGACACAAUUAUAAAUAACUGUUUUUCAGGUAGUGUUCCUUAUGGUUUAAUUUGAGGUUCCUCAUUUUUUAUAUAUAUCACACAUCACAGGUGUUUAGAAUGAACUGAUGACGUGGCCUCUGACAGUAGUGUAGUGGAGCCUGAGGCAUUGCAGUAACAGUUGUGUAUUGCAAAUGCUAAUUUUGUCAAAGAUUGCUGUAUGGAUCAUGAAGGCAAACUUAAAUUUUGUUUUUAAGUGUAUUUGCUAUUCGAUAUGCAUUUUAAUGGGAUGAGUUGAAUUAUGAUGUGUGUUGCUUUGUAUUAGUCCAGACUUGCACUGUUCAUACUAAGUAUGAACUCCUAUCUGGUGAGAUAAGCUUGAAUAGAAGCAGUAUUAAGGGUCCCCAUGGAUUUCAGACUUGUGUGACAGUGGCAAGCCCUUACUUUAAAAACAAACAAAUAUGUGUGAAUGGUUUUGAUGUCAUUUUGCAACCCUCCUUUGUUUAGGUUGGGAAUCUGUUCUGUCUUAGUGCAGGAACAUUGACAAAACUUUUUGUAAGAGGUACAAACAUAAAUAGCACUUACGGGUAUUUAUGGCAUGGAAGAGUUAUUUGCUGUAAAAACAUUUUAUCAAGUUUCCCAGUAGUAUGUGUUACAAAUAGAGUGCACUCUGACAAUACAGUAUCUCACUUCACAUGACUCAAAGAGAUCUAUAUGCAGUUGCAAAUCACUAAAACAUGUUCUAUAUACAGAGCUGUAGCUAGUUUUGUACCUUUUCAUUGCUAAACAAUAACCUUUCUCCCUUCCACGUCCCUUGACAUGGUGGGAUUUUUUGUUGGUGUACCAGGAUCAGUGUUACUGCCUAACAGCUGACAACUGAUCACCAGAAAUGAAGGAGCCACAGCUUCAUUGCCCAACCAGGAUUAUUAUUCUUUGCAAUCCAGCAUUCAUAUCUGUGGUAGGCAGCAUUUUGUCCAAGAACCCAAGGGUUUCAUUUCAGACAUUUGUAAUAAUCCUCAGCUAUAGAUGUGACUGAAUUUGAUACACUAUUAGGGAGUGUUCAGGGCAGGAAAUAGGGUAACUUAUUUUGUUCCACAAGCUUUGAGACACCAUCUUGUGCCUGGAUGCAAGACAUUUUCAGUAGGUUCAUUAUAAUGUUCCACAACUAUGCAGAAGUGGAGAAAGUGUAAAUAUUCAAUGCAUUCUGACUUUGCAUACCACUUUUUGCCACCUAUGUGCAGUGUUGCUUGAUAUUCACUCUUCUCUUUAUUGUAUAUUACUACAUGUUUUGGCCCAACCGGCCUUCAUCAGGUGUGCUGGUUGUUGUGAUGAAGGAAUUCGCUGCUCACUGUAAUGCUGUUGUUUUCUUAUGUAAUUACCUCAGACUUAUUCUAGGUUAUGUGGGUUAACAUGCUGUUGCCAUGGACAUCUUGGCUUUUCUGUAAUAUGUGAUGGGUUUUAUUGGAGUUUUAUUUUAAGGGACAUGUUUAUGUAUAUUCUGUGUGCAUAUCAGAUGUUACUUACAGUUUUGUUGGUUUAUUGAUUUAUCUUUGGUUUGAUAUGGGGUUAUCCUGAAUGUUUUUGUUGGAGCAGAAGCUUGAUGUUUGAUUGUCAGCCAUUGUGGUCGUUGGUGGUAGGUGUUUCUAUGACGUUGGCAUUAUUGAUACCUCUGAUGCACACAACAUGCCCUGCAUGGGCACCUGUGGAGUAGAUGUUCAUGGUUCAUAUACUUAUGCACUCUAUAGUGCAACCAAUAUCUUUAUGAGAUUUUCAUACUUCAUGUUCUCUUGUUCACAACAUAGUGACUUAGCUACAUAUUUCAGCAUGAAUUCAUAUUUUGAAAUGCUAAGACAGUUUCCUUUUUAUUGUUUAUAUCGUUUGUACCUGAAUACAUAAACUAUGUGGAGA